CGUGGAUUUAACAAACAAUCUCAUUUCUAAAGCGAAGUGUCGAAUUUCACUCAAUUAUCAAAAAAUUGUAGCAGCAGAGGGAGGCGUCUUUAUACUUGAGGGUCACUCAUGGAGCAGAUUUUCAAUGGCAUUGGGGAGGAGGGGAGCGAAGUGAAUUUUUGAUCUUUGUUACACAGAAAAAAGUCAUUUUGAUUUCUUUUUCUUUUUCUUCUUUUUUUCUUUCUCUUCCCUCUUCUUUUUCUCUCUUUUUUUUUGAGACUAACGUUUCGGAGGGGGGGGGGUUGUCUCCAAAACUCCCCCUAGCUACGCCCCUGAGGCACACUCUUAUUUAAAUGUAUAUACAGUGCAUAUUGUUUUUGACUCAGCUGUUCAUUAUUAUUUUGACAUUGCAGUAGUUCUGCCUUAGCGCUAGCCUCUUUACUGUGAGAACUUCUACGCCAAAAAGGGUCAGUUUUUGUGUAAACAUUUCGAAGAGCUAUGUUGUUUUCACAGCAACACUGCUGGUUCCGGGACCUCCUGUGUUGCUACUCUCAUUGAUUUACCAAGGAGCUUCUGCUUGAUCAAUCUAGCCAUUAUGGUAAACCAGUUCUCGAUAGUUUACUAAAGAGUGGGAGGGGACGCUUUCCAUGAGAGGUGGGUUGACGAUGACAGUUUGAGGUUGGAAUGUAUUCACUUGGCUUUCUCUCUUCUUAUUAGGGUUGUUCUGGGAACCUUUUUCAAAUUCUGCCAGUUUUAGAAGCUGUUUUCUAAGCAUUUUAUUACAAAAUUUCGAGUAUGAUUUUUACAUUUUUUCAGACAUCGCACAUUUUAUUAGUGCUAGUCACCCAGUUUAGUUAUUGAAAUUCACUAUUCAACUUUUGAAACUUCAGCAAUCCAAUUAAUUUAAAAAAAAAAAAAACUUUUAAAAAGAAAUAAAAAUUGAUUGAAGUUGAAAUUACUUUACUUUACCACAAAAGUGCAACAUUAAAUUAAUUCUAUUCUAUGCAUAAUUGAAUGGCUUAUUAAAACUGCGAAGCUUACUAUUUGCGAAAUGAUUUUACUAUGAUUAGCAAAGCUAUUUUUAUUUUUUUACAAACGCAUGCCUAAAAUCUAGAUAAUGUCUCAAAUACUAUUACAAUAAUGCAGUCUUAAUUAUUAAAUGGUUUAUAGUUUUGCUGCAUAAAUUUUUAUAUGGUACCCAAAGUCUGGUAUUAACUUGCAUCACAAGUGACUUGAGGAAAACUGAUCUAAUAAUUGGAUGUGCUAGUGUUUUCUAUGUUCCAACCUAGGUUUUCAAACAAUGAAAUUCAGACUGAGACAUUUAUAACUUAUCCUGUCUUAUAUUAAUAAUUUGAAGACGGCAAAAAAUUCAUUAGCAAUUGUAUUAAAAAAAAAAACUUUAUCGUAUAUGUUAUAUGUAUUGUCAUUCAAAAAAGACGUCUACGAACUCCUAACUGAAGAGUCUGUUUGCAAAAAUGGUUACAAAUGUUGUAAAUUUGGACUGUUUCAAAGCUGUUAUUCUCUUUUGUCUUUCCUAUUUAACUUUACAGAUUUUUACUUAUUUCGUUGUAGGAAAUUUAUUAAGAACAUGAAGGAAAGGCAUUUUGUGAGGUAGAAAAAGUGCAAAAAAAGAUAUCCAAAGACAUGGAUCCAGACAUGUGCUCCAUCAAUGCCAGAAUACCUCGAGGAAGGGGGAUAUAACCAAGGUCGCCGCUACCAGGAAUGGGGCCCGGAUUGUAUUCUACUUUGGGAGCUGAUGUCCAUUUUUCUAUUCAAGUCAGCAAGAUCAGAGCCAAUCAAGUACGGGAUGAGACUACAGCAAAAUGCACUGCCAAAGUCCAAUUCCAAAUGCACAAAUUGUAACGAAACAUCAUAUUCUUUGCAAAGAAGAAAUUAUGAGACAGAAGAAACUAAUGUGAAAAAAGAUGAAUACUUAACUACAAAAGAAAUUCCAGCAUUUCAUAAAAACUCUCAUUACACAACUAAACACUUAAUCAAAAAUCAGCAAACAGCACAGCCAAUGUUUUCUGAAUUGCCAAAGGAAAAUCUUAAAAACAAAGGAGCAACAUUUUUCUUCACUCAAGUUGAACCUCAUAGAUUUGAAUAUAGAGCAAUGUUUCAGCACCAUAAUGAUGCAUUUAAACCAUUUGUACAUCAUUUUGAUCCUUUCACUAAAGAUUUCCCACCCAUACCUAACUUUCCACCAUUUCCCAGCUUUCCAGAGAUUUUUCAGGGUCAUAAAGAUCCAUUUCCAAACUUUCCAGAAUUCUCAUUUCCAACCUUACCCCCAGAAAUAAAACGAGUGUGGCAACCCACAGUUGAUAUUCAACCUCAAAGGCCGGAUCUACCAGAAACAUUUAACAACCCAUUGCUGAAGGAUUAUAAUUUAAUUAUUGGACGGGACACGGAAUACCCCAAAAUUUUUCGUUUCAACGAGGAAAGAAUUAAUAUAGAAGAAUUUGAUAGGCAAAAGAAAUUAAGGCACUACAGACUUAGUGAUUCUGGAGAAAAUCAUUUAACAGAACCUGAAAACGUCAAAAGAGACCACUUACUGAUUUUACAUGGUGGUAUAUUUACAGUUAAAGAGCCUCCACUGUUCAACAAGCAUAUAAAAAGAGUUAGAAAACGAAAUGGAUAUCAAAGGCAAAUAUCUUUAUGAAAAAAUUGUGUACAAAAAUAGAAUUUAUUUAUUAAACA